AUGCUGAUUUUUACUUCACAAUUAUUUCUUGCUUACGUUAGUACCGCCGCACUUGGCAAUAUGGUACUACCUGAAAUAUCAAGAUUUAGCCAACAUAAUAAUGGAUUCUUAGACCUUCAAUUUAACAAGUUAUAUGGCACCUCUUUCGACAUAGCAAAAAAGUGGCAAGAUAUUAAUUUAGGACAACAUAAUCUCAAUUUCAAACAAAGCGAACUCUAUAAGAGAGCUUCUUCUGACUAUCAAGAAUUAGAAAUAAAAAAUCAGCAAAGCUUUUAUUCUUUGGAUCUGUUCAUUGGCACCCCUGGACAAAAUGUAACUGUGCAGAUAGAUACUGGCUCUUCUGAUUUAUGGGUAACAGGUUCUAAUAAUCCAUAUUGCAACGGUUCUACGUUCAGUGACACAGUACCAUCACGAGAGCUAUUUAACUGUUCCCAGUACGGGACUUUCAACACUAAUAAAUCAAGUACCUGGUCCUCUAAUAAUAGCCGUUUUUUCAUACAGUACGGUGAUACAACGUUCGCCUCUGGCACUUGGGGACGAGAUGUUAUGAGUAUCAAUGGAUUAAACGUCACUGGAUUGACGUUUGCAGUGGCUAAUGCCUCAAAUUCUUCAAAUAGUGUCCUUGGUAUUGGAUUAACCCAGUUGGAAACUACAUAUAAUGGAAGUAAUUCAUCUCAUUCUUACACAUAUGCCAAUUUUCCUGUAGUAUUGAAGAAUGCAGGAUUGACCGAGUCAAUUUCUUAUUCACUCUUUCUCAAUGAAUUAGACGCCGAAAGCGGUUCAAUACUGUUUGGUGCUGUUGACCAUUCGAAAUAUUCUGGUAACCUCUACACCCUACCAUUAGUAAAUACGUAUAAAGAUCGUGGCUUUCCAAAUCCAAUAGAGUUCGCAGUUACCUUACAAGGAAUUGGUAUCGUAUCGGGCUCAAAGAAGACAACCAUAACACAGACAAAAUUAGCUGCUAUAUUAGAUUCUGGAACUUCAUUAACUGUUUUACCGGGUACCAUUAUUCAUAGUAUUGCAUCCUCACUUAAUGGCAGAUAUAGUCCAUUAAUCGAUAGCUAUCUCGUUAGCUGCUCCUUAAGAAAUUCUACCAACACAAAUCUAGUAUUUGAUUUUGGGGGGUUUACUAUCAAAGGGACACUAUCCAAUUUUAUUCUAGAGAUAGAGGAUGAUAUUUGUAUUCUUGGUCUCAGCUCAGUAGAUGAAAACAGUGUGAUUCUAGGUGAUACCUUUUUAGCAAGUGCCUAUGUUGUUUAUGACUUGGAAAAUUUGCAAAUCUCAAUGGCACAGGCUAAAUUCGAUAAUAGUACCAGUGAUAUUGAUGUUAUCAGGGGGAAUAGUGGUGUCCCAAGUGCCAUAAAAGCGCCCGGCUACUCUAGCACUUGGACUGCUACACCAAGUUCAAUUAGUACAGGCGGUAAUAUAUUCCCCACAGUAACCAGUAGGAGCUCGACACAGACUAGUACACAUAAGGGUAAUUCAGACGCUUCAACGACGUCAAGCACGCAAACCAAAAAGAACUAUGGUAAUAGAGAAAAUCCACGAAUCCUAUCUUCAAUUUACUUUCUACCCAUCAUCAAUUUAAUAUUGGACCCCCUUUUUGAUGGCCUAUAA